ACUCCUCUCUCCCUAAAAAUAGAGAGAACGUACAAACAAGAAGAUUUUUUUUUUUUUUAAAGUUAAUUUUGGAAAAUAAAAAACGAGAGUUGUUGUUUCUCGCGAAUAUGAAGAUGAAAUGAUAUCCCAUGAUGAUGAUCAUGUUUCUUAAUAAACCCUAAUAAUCAAGAAGAGAGGGCUUUUCAAGAACGUAACAGACAGCAUUCUCUUUUUUUUUUUGGUUUUGUGUUGAAAUCUUUUGUUGCAGAUUCAUCAAUGUCGGUUCUUUCAUCUCGGACAGGACGAGAUCGUCAACGUUACGACAACAACUUUCGUCUCGUUUCUGGAUGCAUUCCGUAUAGGCUGAUCAAAGACGAGGGAAGUGAAGAAGACACAAGUGUUGAAUUUGUAAACAAGCUUCAACUUCUCAUGGUUUCAUCUCCUAAUCGCCAUGAUCUUGUCUUCCCAAAGGGAGGAUGGGAAGAUGAUGAGACAGUUCUUGAAGCUGCUUCUCGUGAAGCCAUGGAAGAGGCUGGAGUUAAAGGAAGCCUUAGAGAAGUUCCUUUAGGAGUUUGGGAAUUUAGAAGCAAAAGUAGUAGUUGUAAUGAGGAGGAUGAAUGCUUUGGUGGAUGCAAAGGAUAUAUGUUUGCGUUAGAGGUAACCGAAGAACUAGAGGAAUGGCCGGAACGUGAGAAUCGUGAGAGGAAAUGGUUGAAUGUUAAAGAAGCAUUAGAGCUGUGUCGGUAUGAGUGGAUGCAGAGAGCACUUGAAGAGUUUAUAAGAGUAAUGCAAGAAGAAGAAGAAGAAAUAAAAUUGAGAACAGAGGAAGAGACAGUGCAGGAUGAUUCUUCAAAGCUAGAGGAGUGUCAAAUAGAUCCUUGUUAUUGUUUUGUAGUUAAUUAGUUCUUUUUCAAUCUUUAUUUUUAGCUUUUGGAUUCAGUUGAAAAGCGGCUUCUAAUACUAAUGUAAACAAGUUGAAACAUAAAAAGCAAACAUGACUUCAGUUGCA